AUGUCCAACACAACCCCAGACACCCUCCUAAAACUCGCCUCUGAACUCUCCGCGCUAGGAACUACCCUCUCAGCCGCAGGCACCAAACUCGCAGCCGCAGCUGCAUGUCUGGAGCAAGAAGCAGCAAACAUUGCUCUUGCUAACGCACAAAAGUGGGGGGUGGAUGUUCAGGUUGCGGUUAGGGCGGGACCGGGAGUGUAUACUGCACAGGGAAAGGGGGAGGGACAUGAAGUUGUUGUUAAUGGGGUUAAGAAGUGA